AUGGCUAAUGAUAGUUAUGAUAAUCAUAGGCAAUCGGAGAACAUGAAUGAAAAUGAUGAAGAGAAAGUGGAACAAUUGCUCGAAAAACUGUUCGACCAACCUUUUCAUCGUAAAACUCAAGGAUCUGCCAAAUUCAGUGAAAUGCAUAUGAAACGUAGUUUGUUACAUACAUUGAAAGCCUUGGGUUAUACGAUUGAUGAAGCGGAUAUUGGACAAAUGGUAGAUGUGGGUCUUGAAGUUCUGGCACAAACUUGGCGACGGAAAGAUGCUGAUUCUGAAAUUGCUUUUCAGGGUUUACUAACAAUACUUGAAUACUGCCUCAAUCGUUCAGCAGCAGGUUAUUCAUCCUUUGAGCAAUUCAUCAAUGCUCUUGGUUAUAAUGCAGUACAGUUUUGGCGUUAUGCAGUACCGUACAUUUAUGAUUCCGAUUUAACUUACGGUACCAAAUUUCGUGAUUCACUGUUGUUUGGCUUAACGCUAUAUGAUAUUAAUAAUGGAAAAAGUAAACUCAGGGAGCUAUACACUUCAGUGCCAGGUGUUCGUAAAUCUUUACUUGGCGUUCAUGCAAAACGUUUUGGUGAACGAUUCCAUCAUUUGCAACGACGAUUAAGUAUUAGUCGAGAAGGUUCAUCACGAUCGAGCAUCUCUUCUUCCACCGAGUCAAUCUCUUCUCAAUCCAGUAAUAAAAGUGCUAAUAGCUUAGCUGCCUAUCGUUCACGAACUGUCUCACGUACGGAAAAAUCACGAAGAUCACGUCGAUCAAUUUCACGUGGUGCAUCAGAGAGUAGCGUAAAUUCACGAGAACUGUCAAAAGAAGUAAUUGCAAGUGGAGGCUUGGCUAACACACAUUUUCAACAACGUGUAAUCAACGUUUCUAAUGCACCACCGGUUAGCUUGAAACGGGAAAAAACAGGUGAAUGGGAAAUUAAACAAGGAUCUGGUGGUCUAGUUUCAGCAGUAGAUCCUGUAAUGUCAAAAGAUAAGGAAAAUGUUUGGCUUGCUAAUCUUGGAAUGAAUUUACAUAAAAAACCAAAGUAA